AUGGAGAAGAGUGCGGAGUGCACAAGAGACGAGGCCACCGCCUGCUCUCGAAGUCCAUGUCCCUGUCCAGUACCAAUCGUGCACAGAAUCGCCGCGCUGUACUGCAAGCUCGGCGCCCCUACGGGUGCACGGCGCCUCAUCGAGGGAGCGUCGCGGGGUGAAGCGGAAGGAGGCUGCAAGAAGGUGCUCCAGCUGCACGAGGAGAUACCCGCGGCAUCCAGCAGGCAUUUUAUAUACCAGGAAUCCUGUCCUCAUAAUCUAACGCGUUUUCAGCCAAAAAGGGAAGAAAUUCUAAAGCAUUUUGCAGACAAGAACAGCGAGGCCAGCUCCAGCAAUAUGAGCCUGAACUCUGAAGAAGGUUUGAUGUGCAAAGAUAUAUCGCACUCGUCGCAAUCUAGUGCCCCUUCCCUGGCCCAUCCCCUGAGCCCAUGCCGCUACCAGUGCGUCUCCACGCUCAGACGCCACUCCUCCUACGUCUCUGGCCUCGCCGUCGACGGCAUCUCGCUCUACGUCUCCUCGUCGGACGGACACAUCAGGCUGUGGCCACUGGACAUGAGCAGCACGACCGUGCAACACGAGGGCUCUGUUGUUGCCGCCACCAAUAGCUCCAUAAAGUGCCUCAUGGCCACCAGCGAUGGUCUCGUCAGCGCCCACCAGGACGGCAAGAUCAGGGUGUGGCAGCAGGCCGGCCGGCGGAAAGGCGGGAGCAGCCACCUCGCCCUCCACGGCGUGCUGCCGACCACCGCGGACUGCCUGCGCACGUUCCUGUUCCCCAAGAACUACGUCGACGUCCGGCGGCACAGGAGCCGCACCUGGGUGCACCACGUGGACGCGGUCACCGCGCUCGCGCUGUCCCCGGACGGCGGGUACAUGUACUCCGUGUCCUGGGACCGGAGCCUCAAGGUGUGGCGCCUUCCCAGCCUCCGCUGCGUGGAGUCCAUCACCCCGGCCCACAACGACGCCAUCAACGCCGUCGCCGUGUCGUCGGACGGGCACGUCUACACCGGGUCGGCGGACCGGACGAUCAAGGCGUGGAGGCGCCACCCGGGGCAGAAGAGGCUCGCGCUGGUCGGCACCAUGGAGCGGCACAGGUCGGCGGUGAACGCGCUGGCGAUGGGCGUCGGCGGGCUGGUUCUCUACUCCGGCUCGUGCGACCGGUCCGUCGUCGUGUGGGAGGGCUUCGACGCCGGAGGCGCGGCGUCCACCAGGACUCUCAGGGGGCACGCUGAGGCGGUGCUGUGCCUGGCCGCCGCCGGCGAUGUGGCGUGCAGCGGGUCCGCGGACAGGACGGUGAGGGUGUGGCGACGGGGAGCGGAAGGCGAGUACUCCUGCUCGGCCGUCCUGGACGGCCAUGGCGCGGCCGUGAAGAGCCUGGCAUUGGUGUUGACGGGAGGCGACCACGGCAGCGAGUGCGAGGAGAGCCCGCGCGGUGGCUGCUCCGCGCUGAUUUGCAGCGGUUCGUUGGACUGCAAUGUGAAGAUUUGGAGGGUGACUUGA